UUCAUUCGACCAUUUACUCAUUUCGUCUAAACCGAUCGUGCGGUUUAACGCUUGGAGUCCAACAAGAUACGGAACCAACUUGUCCAAAGUCUAUAAAUUUAGGGUUUGCUCGUACUGGUGUCAAAAAUGGCAGCAAACACAGGGAAACUUGCUGGGAAGACCCUGUUCAUCACUGGAGCAAGUCGCGGUAUUGGUAAAAGCAUAGCUCUGAAGGCUGCCCGCGAUGGAGCCAACAUCGUGAUUGCUGCUAAAACUGCCACACCCAAUCCUAAGCUGCCUGGCACCAUUUACACUGCAGCCCAGGAGGUUGAAGCUGCUGGUGGGAAAGCCCUGCCGUGCCUUGUUGAUAUCCGCUUUGAAGAAGAAGUAGAGAAAGCAGUGAAGGAUGCGGUGGCCAAGUUUGGGGGCAUUGACAUCCUCGUAAACAACGCCAGUGCCAUCAGUCUGACAGGCACCGCUGAGACCUCCAUGAAGAAAUACGAUCUCAUGAUGGGCAUUAAUGGACGAGGAACAUAUCUAUGCUCCAAGGUUUGUCUUCCGUACCUUCUCAAGAGCAGCCAUGGUCGCAUACUGAACAUCAGUCCGCCAUUGAACAUGAACAAGAAGUGGUUCAAAGGUCACGUUGCCUAUACCAUGGCCAAGUAUGGCAUGUCCAUGUGUGCACUGGGGAUGGCAGAGGAGUUCAAAGACAUGGGAAUAGCAGUCAACGCCUUGUGGCCAAGAACAGCCAUCUAUACAGCAGCAAUGGCGAUGCUAGGCGGUGGUGAGGAGAUAGCGGCCCAGUGUCGCAAGCCCGAGAUCAUGGCCGACGCUGCAUACUGGAUCCUGUCUCAGGGCAAGGACUAUACAGGCAACUUUGCCAUCGAUGAUGAGGUGUUGAACGCAGCCGGUGUGAGGGACAUGGAGCAGUAUGCCUGUGUACCAGGCUCCAACCUGCUGCCUGACUUCUUCCUGGAUGUGGGACCAGAGGCUCUUAAAAGUCAGAUAGAGGCUGGAGGCCUCAAGCCCGCAUUUGGUGGUGCCCCAAAGGCAGUACAGGCUGAUAGCGUGGUGGGGAAAGUGUUCAAGCAAAUUGAAGCCAUGAUGUCCGAGGAUAUGGUCAAGUCAAUUAAUGGAGUCUUCCAGUUUAACCUUACAGGCGCCAAUGCCGGUGACUGGUUUGUGGACUUUAAGACCGGGAAGGGUCAGGUGGGUCAAGGGGCCAGCCCUGGCGAGGCUGGCUGCACAAUGAUCAUGGAUAGUGCUGACUUUGUGAAGAUGUUCGCUGGUGAAUUGAAGCCUACAACUGCCUUCAUGAUGGGAAAGCUCAAGAUUAAAGGGGACAUGGCACUGGCUAUGAAACUGGAAAAAUUAAUGAUUAAAAUGCGGUCCAAUCUUUAACCUUCAUUUUUAUUCACAGUGAAUUAGAAACUAUGUUCAAUAUGUUCUGAGUUUUUUAACUAGUAAUGUUGGGAACGUCAAAAUUAGUUGUAAAAUUUUUAAUUCGAAAAAGCGAUUAAUUAGAAUUAAUAUAAAAUUAUUGAAAAUAGCGGUGUUUAUCACUAGUAUGGAGUGCAACAUUUUAAGGGUUCAGUUUACAUUAUUAUGAGUUGCAUUUGUGAAUGGAGGCCAUUGAUAGGUUGUGAAAAUGCUUGUUUGAUGUAAGAUAUAUAUUUGGUUCCAUCAUAGACGUUCAUUUAAUGUUAGCAUCUAUAUUCACAUGAUUAUUAUAAUGACUUUGUAUAUGAAUUUUGUUUGGCCUGAACUGAUUAUAUGCAGUUAUUCUAUUAAAUGUUAAUUUUUCAAACUUACAUAGUUUUAUAUGAUAAUCAUAAGUUUAUGUGUGUUGGUUUAACAUGUAUUGUGCAUUAUUUACAUAAAUAAAUCUAUAAUACUGACA